AUGGAGAAACAAGCCAAUUUCAAUGUUCUUAUGCUUCCAUGGCUAGGACAUGGACACAUUUCUCCUUACCUCGAGCUAGCCAAGAAACUAUCCACUAAGAAUUUCACCAUAUCAAAACUAAGUGAAGAGUUCAAGGAGUCAAUCAAACUUGUUGAACUUCAUCUUCCAUCACUUCCAGAACUCCCACCUAAUUAUCACACCACCAAUGGACUUCCAUCCCAUUUGAUGCCAACCCUAAAAGAAGCCUUUAACAAGUCUUGUCCCAACUUUCGCGAAAUCCUCAAAGAUUUGAAGCCUGAUUUGCUCAUCUAUGAUCUUCUUCAGCCAUGGGCGCCCGUGGCUGCAUGGCUUUAUAAUAUUCCCGCGGUUGAGUUCAUAAGUAGCAGUGUCACCAUGGCUUCACUUGUCUAUCACUCUCUUAAGUCACCACAAGGUAAAAAAUUCCCUUUCGAGUCUAGUAUUUUCUAUCGCGGUUAUGAGUCGGCUAUGGAAGAUAAAUUGUUCGUGCAUGAUAAAGACUCAACAUCUUUCCUCGAUUGCAUUGAUAGAUCUACUAAAAUUGUUCUAGUCAAGGGCUCUGAGGAGAUUGAGGGGAAAUAUAUUGAUUAUAUUUCCACUAUGACUGGUAAAAGAGUUGUACCUGUUGGUCAUUUGGUUCAAGAACCUUCUUUGAUGAUGAUGGUGAGGAUUGUGAAGUUUCCUAAAGGGGAAAAUGUUUCUCUUGAAAAUGUCUUGCCAAAAGGGUUUCAAAACCGGGUUGGUGAUAGGGGAAAAUUUGUGACUGGAUGGGCACCACAAACAAAAAUCUUGACUCAUCCUAACACUUGUGGUAUUGUGAGUCAUUGUGGUUGGAAUUCUGUAUUGGAAGCUAUGAAAUUCGGUCUUCCUAUAAUUGCUAUGCCGAUGCACCUUGAUCAGCCCGUUAAUGCUCGUUUGAUUGAAGAACUCGGGGUUGGAAUUGAGGUUUUAAGAGAUUCAAGUGGAAAUCUUAGAAGGGAGACAAUUGCACGAGUUAAUUACCAAGUGGUGGGAGGUAUUGAUGGAGAACAGGUUAAGAAGAAUGCAAAGGAGAUGAAGAAGAAGAUUGAAAUGACGGAAGAAGAAGAGUUUGAUGAUCAUGUGGUCGAGGAGUUGGUUCAACUUUGUCUCAUGAAGAACAAUAAGAUUUGGCAAAUUGCAAGCACCAUAAAAUACUAUGCCUUUUCUUGCUUUGGGUUUUCUCAGAUUUAG